UAGAGGUUACCAUUGAUAUGUUCACUUAAACGUAUUAUUUCAGUUAGCUGUGUAAACGUCUACCUUGUAUAUAAGACUGUUAGCUUGUUAAAGAACAGAUGUCACAUUCAUCUUUUCAUCCUACAUAGUCCCUGGCACAUUGACUAUGGAAAAUAAUUGAGUAGGUAUUAAAAGCUUCUGGUGAUAUAAGAAAAAGAAAUUAAAGAAAAAAUUUGAGUAUAAUCUGAAAUUUCCUCUAUCUCUGUGAAUAGGUGGGGCAGUUCCAGGUCACCUGCUCCAGGUAUGGCUACCUUGAACCACACUGGGGCUAGCCACACAGUCUUCCACUUGCUGGGCAUCCCUGGCCUAGAGGACCAGCACAUGUGGAUUUCCAUCCCCUUCUUCAUUUCCUAUGUUAUCGCCCUCCUUGGAAACACCUUGCUUAUCUUCAUCAUCCUCACAAGGCGCAGCCUCCAUAAACCCAUGUACCUGUUCCUCUGUAUGCUGUCUGGAGCAGAUGUUGUCCUCUCUACCUGCAUGGUACCUGAGGCCUUGGCCAUCUUCUGGUUCAGUGCUGGGGAUAUCUCCCUGGGUCACUGUAUCACUCAGCUCUUGUUCAUCCAUUCCACCUUCAUCUCUGAGUCAGGGAUCUUGCUGGUGAUGGCAUUUGACCGCUACAUUGCCGUAUGCUACCCACUGAGAUACGCCACUAUUCUCACAAACAGCCUGAUUGGGAAAAUUGGCUUGACUAUCUAUGUCAGAAGUUAUGGCACAAUUUUCCCCAUAAUAUUUCUUUUGAAAAGACUGACUUUUUGCAGAAAUAACAUUCUUCCACACACUGGUUGUGAGCAUAUUGGCUUGGCCAGAUAUUCCUGUGAUGACAUCCGUGUGAACAUCUGGUAUGGUUUUUUUGUCCUAAUGUCAACAGUGGUCUUAGAUGUUAUGUUAAUUUUCAUUUCAUAUGUGCUUAUUCUUCGGUCUGUCUUCCACAUCCCCUCCAAAGAUGCUCGCCACAAAGCUCUCAACACAAGUGGCUCCCAUGUCUGUGUCAUCAUCCUCUUUUAUGGGCCUGGCAUCUUCUCAGUGCUCACUGAGCGGUUUGGACUCCACAUCUUACCCCAUAUUCAUGUCCUGCUGGCCAAUGUCUGCAUUCUGGCUCCACCGAUGCUGAAUCCCAUCAUUUAUGGGAUCAAGACCAAACAGAUCCGGGACCAGAUAACUCAUGUGUUGUUUCCAAAAGUGAUAUGGCUUUCAGAAUAGAAACCAAACUGUUUUUCCAACAUUU